UUUUUUUCACGCGCAGCCCCGACAAGGGCGAGACGCUGCGGCUGGUGCUGGAGCCGCCGUCGGUGCCCGCCAGGAAGAGGCGGCUCGGCAGCCACCCGUGUCUUCACGUGGAUGACCACAACCGUGUGCUGGGUUCGGUGAACGGUCACGCGUGCCUCGUCCAGCUGGACUCCGGGGCCCAGAUCACCUUCCUCUUCCACACCAUGGCCAAGAGGCUGGGGCUGAUCACCGGCACGGAGCCCACCGAAAAGCAGGACAUCGACCUCUGGAUCGGCUCGCGGGUGCUGGACGUCAUAGAGCUGAAGGCCGUCCCCAUCAGUCUGGGGGGCGGCGUGGAGAUGGUCGUCCCCGCCACUGUGUUCCCGGCGUGGCUGGAGGACAUGUACGACGCAGACGAGGUCGUGCUGGACGCCCACCACUUGCGGCGCGGCAGCAUGGUGCAGGUGUUUCGGCCUGACGGCAGCGACCUCUUCGUCUGCCAUCCGCAGCAGCUGCGGCGGAGGCCGAGGAAAACGGAGCGUUCCGUGGAGCCUGACGUCCUCUGGGUGCGGCGGGAGGGCGGCGCGGCGUGGCCCAGGCCCAUGACGGUGCUGCUGGACACCGGCGCCCAAGGCUUCCACGUGUCUGAAAGACGCCGCAAGCUGCUCCUCGCGAGCAGGAAAGGCCGCAGGCCGCCCAAGCGCGUCGUGCUGGACUUGGGCGACGGCUGCCGCGUGAACGCCGCGCCGCUGGAGGAGGUGGCCUCCAACGACCAUGACUUUGUCAUGGGCGUCUCCCUCCUGUGCAAGUACGGCGCCGUGCUGGACCACGCCCGCCACACGCUCGCCUUCAAGACCGGCUCCCAGUGGCGGGAGGUCAGCACACAAGGCCCUCAGCAGGGGGUGGUCAGCACACAAAGGUUCCACUAAGCAGCUCGUCGGGAACAAGGCGGUGGAGGCGAGAAAAGCGUGUGAGGAUAACAGUUACAUGGCACACUAAACACCAAGCCAGCACCUAGGCUCACAGGGAAGGGUGUGGCCAACACACCUCCAAGUAAAGGAGAGAUUUAUGUUCAUGGACGGUGAGCUUAGGUGUGGUUAAGUUUACAGGAGCUGCCUUGAAUAAGCCCACCGGCCUUGCAGACUCCUUAUGUUCUUCUUUUCUCUAUCUCUCUCCAUCUACCUCUAAUACUUUUCAGGUGUACAUUAAGAGAGUUUCCGGAGACUAGGAGGCUGUGUCUGAGGGAACACUAAUGUCUUUGGGGGUUGACCCAACAAGUCCAUAUUUCUUUGAACAUGUUGACUGACCACUAAACGCACAGCGGACAAGACUUUUCUUGUCAAGGUCCU